AUGUCUACAACUGGUGAUUUCAUCGAAUUAGUCAAAAGGACGGGUAAUAGAGCUGUCAAGGUCAAUGCUCCUCAUGGCUUAGAUAUCCACUUAACAGAAUCAGGGUCAGAUUGGUUAUGGUCCGUUUAUUCUGUAUACGGUGUAUUGGCUAUUAUGUAUGCCUGUUUCUUCUUCUAUCAAGAGUUUAAGAAUGGUAGACAGUUAACCAAAUUUGCCCUAGCUGGUCCAUUUUUAAUCUCUUUAUUUGAAUUUUUCCAAUACUACACAUAUGCUUCCAAUUUAGGUUGGACUGAUAUUCAAGCUGAGUUUAGAAGCGAAGACGUGUCACACUCCGUUACUAAUGAAUAUCCAAACGUAAGGCAAAUCUUCUAUGCUAAGUAUGUUGCAUGGUUCUUAUGCUGGCCUAUCCAAUUGUUUAUGUUCGAGUUAGCAGGUUCCACUAUUAAUCAUACCGGCGAAUUUUUCUCCACUUGGGAGAUGAUUCAUUCUUUAUUAGUACAAAUUAUUGGGUUUGAAUAUUGGGUCAUCUCUUUGUUAGUCGGUUCUUUGAUUCACUCUACUUACAAAUGGGGGUACUGGGUCAUGGGUAUCUUUGUCUUAUUCGUUGUUUUAGGUAUUCAAUUUAAGAGACAAAUAUUCGAUUUAAAGAUCAGGGGUGUUUCAUUGGCUAUGUAUUGUACUGCUAUCAUUGUUAUUUUAUUAUACUUUGUUUGUUGGGGUUUGUCUGAAGGUGGUAAUGCUAUCUCUCCAGAUGGUGAAGCUGUCUUUUACGGUAUUCUAGAUUACUGUAUCUUUGCCAUUUGGACUGGUUACUUGUGUUUCAUCAUCUGUAAAUAUGGUGAAUGGCCAGAAGUCGCUCAACAGCCUCAUCAACAACAACAAAAACAACCAAACGAAGAUAUAUUACCAGUUAAGGUUUUACAAGCUGAAUCUCCAAGAGCUUCUGGUGAAACUGCUUAUGAGGAUCAAGAUACACAUGUUGAAGAUGAUGAGGAAGAAACCAGACAACAAACAAAUCAAUCUUUUGUAGAAGAGGCUUCGCAAAGAGUUUAA